AUGGAGCCCGGCGGUUCGGAUGCCAAGCCGGAGCGGCCGGGCGAGCCACCUCGCGAGCCUCCUCGCGAGACUGAACGCACCGUCCGAUUGGACGGACGACUGUCUGGGCGCGGUCGACCCGAGGAUGUGACCAAGGCCAAGAGAGAGAUCGCGCUAGCGUUUGACCUUGCGGACGAGUUUGCCAAAAGGACGGUUGCAGGUUCGCCGAUGUGGGACUAUAUGGAGGCUCAGUGGCCGUACGGCUAUCCCGAUCGUGCACUUCCGGACAUUUUCCACCGUGGCCUCACGCUGGCGUUUGUUCCGCCGAGCUGGAAGAAGAAAGCGUACUGUCCGAUCUGGACGACGCUCAAGCGACUUGGCUUCCACCCGGACGACGAAGAGCACGUGUACGGUACACUGGAGAUCGCGUUCUUUGCGAUCCUCGCACUGGAGCUGCGCACGAGCGGCGGACGAUGCCUGAGCAAGGACAUCAAAUUCGUCAAGGACCAGCACCGAAUCGCGUUCAAGGAGAUCAUCUCACUCAACAAUGUGAUUCGACAGUGGAUGGAACCGGGCGAGGCGUACUUCGAGCGGCUGCGCGAGCCGAUGCUGCGCAACGCCCAGACGAGGAUCGAGGUGGUGGGGGCUCAGAUUCAGCUGGCGCGGGACAACGAUUCGACGGCAGCGGGACAGAGGCACAUGACGCUGGAGGAGCGAAGGAGGCUGGGGGUGGAGAGGAUGAGGAUCUGGGCCGAGGCUCAGCAUACGUCGAUGGUGGGCUACGGUGUUCAGGCGGUGCUGCAGCAGCUGUGGGCCAAGGCGGAGGCUACGUGGCUGAGCCGGGUGCGACAGUAUCUCGGAUCGGACCGGUCGCAGUGGAAGGAGGUGCGCAUGAGGUGCGACGACGAGAGACACGGAUACUGGCUGCCGACAUACGACCAGGCCAUGCUGCAACCGGCGGAUGUCAUCGUUGACGAGGCCAAGACAUACCUCCGACGCUAUCUCGAGCGUCGAGCCGCAUCGCUGUCGCAGGGCAGAGCGGACAGUGGAAGCGCUGCGCAGAGCCAAGCCUAA